AAACCGAAGACGCACCAGAUUUAUACGCAACUUCUGUGCUUGGGGCUCUAGAAGGUAGAGUGGAUAGUGAUGAAAUGGAUGAUGAUAGUUUAGACUCGUCAGCCGACGAACAAAGAUAUGAUGAUGGUGAAUUUGAUGAAGGAACUGGUAGUGAUCUUAGCGAUGUUAGCAAUGACGACGAUUUAGACGAGGGGGAUGAUGAUAACGGCGAUGAUAUGGAUGUAGAAAUAGUAGUUCGACAACCAAUACAUGGUCACUCAGUGUUAGAUAAUGAAAGGAACGAUGAUAAUGAUUCUGAAAUAGAGCAUGGAGUGAAUCAACAUUUAGAAAAUGAAGAUGAUAGUGACGAUGAAGGACACCAUCAUGUUAGAAGUAAUGACGAUCAAGAAAUGUGGGAUGUUCAUGAUCAAGUAAUGAUAGAACGUGGUGAUAUUGAAGAAAUUAUUGAUGCUGAGGGACAACUUCAUAGACACCGCCGACAUGAAAGAUUUGGUGGCAACGACGAUGGUCGCGCUUUGUUUAGUUUUGGUAACAGACGCCAUCGGCACAUGCCUGGUCGUCGAGCUAUUCUUGAGGUUCCUCCAGAAGGCCUUGAUUAUGUUAUUGGUGACCCUGUAGGCUAUGGUUUUAAUUUUGGAACAAAUGAUGACGUAGAUAUUUCAGGAUUGGGACGCAGCAGACCAUUACCUGGUACUAAUGAUGAUGUUACCACUCAUCCUCUACUUGUUAAUCGAUCCCCAACAGUUCCUUCUGUUGCUAGUGUUGAACUUACUAGGGGACGAAGUGUUCGUAAUGGACCCUUGGGCGAUUGGACACAAUCAAUCGAAGAGUUAAUCGGCGGCGGUGCAGUUCAAUUAUUAGAACAAUUAUUAACUAGAAGUCGUGGUUUAGGACAUUCAUCUACAUAUAGACUUGAAUUAAAUACAGGAUCAUCAGGCUUAGUUAGUGGAAUUGAAGUUGAUCGUGUUUUUCCUAGAACAAUAUCUAGUGGACAAGAUAAUCAGAAUACAACACCACCAAGUGAUCCUAUUACUGCAGUUCAAGAAUUUAAACCUCAUUCAACUGGACAACGAUGGUACGAUGAAGCUCGUAUGAUGUAUGCAAGUGCAGCAGCUGAAAAAGCCGCAAAACUUGUUAAUCAUGUUUAUAAUGCAUUGGUUCCUUUUGCAAUUCGUUCUGAAGUUGAAGCUGCUACUGCUGCCGCUACAGUUGUUUCUCAACCUGAAACUAUAAUUGAACAAUCAAUGUCUGAGACAACAAACAAUAAUGACGAAAUAGUCGAAGUUACGGAAGUUACAGAAGUAAUAGAACUUCUUGAUCCCAUGCAAGAGGAUGCGCCAGUAAUCGAGCAGGAACAAGAACAGUCUGGUGAAUCUAUAGAGAUGGAAGAUGAACCUCCAGUUACAACUGAUCCUAAUAUGGAGGAAGGACCCUCAGUCGUGCCCGAUGCUAGCCAGCCACAAGAGACAGCUGAAGAUACAGUUGAAGGUUCGAGUGAAAGCCAAUUAACAAGAACAACAGUUAUAGUUAACGGUCGUCCUGUGGACAUUACUGAUACUGGCAUAGAUCCGACUUUCCUUGAAGCGUUACCCGAUGAGCUUAGGGAGGAAGUACUUAAUCAGCAUUUGCCGCCAGAAAGGCGCAGCAGACCUCCAGUUACUAGUGGACCGGGUGACGCUAUUAGUUCCGAAUUUCUUGCAGCCCUUCCUGAUGACCUCAGAGAAGAAAUCAUUCAACAAGAAGAGGCACUCGAGCAGGAAAGAAUGAUUCGUCAACGAACUUCAGAACCUGUUGCUGCUGAAAUGGAUACCGCAAGUUUCUUUGCUUCAUUAGAUCCACAAUUACGGCAAACGGUUCUUCUUGAGCAGGAUGAGAUGGUUUUAGCAUCAUUGCCGCCAUCAAUAGUUGCCGAGGCUAACGCACUUCGAGAAAGAGCUAGUCGUAGGUAUACAAAUGCAGUACGAUCAAGAACACUAGGUAGCACUGCACCUCCAGUUCAAGUUCCUAAAAAAUCUUCAAUCCAACGCGAUGCAGUAAAACUUGUUGAUACCUCAGGAUUAGCUACUUUAGUCAGACUGUUGUUCCUCCCUCAACCGUUAGGCAAUAAGAAUUUAUUACAUAAAUUGUUGCUUAAUCUUUGUCAAAAUAGCAAGACACGCGGUGAACUUAUUUCCAUGUUAUUAUCUGUUCUUUAUGAUGGUAGCGGAGACGUGUCCGCAGUCGAUAAAAGUUUUGCUCAAAUGUCUUUAAGGGCUAAAGGAACACUGAAAGGGGCACCAAGAAGGCAAUCAAGUCUUCCAAAUUCAUCAUUAGCGCAAAUAACUCAAGCUGCUGGAGAAAAUGUACCAAAUUUAAUUGCUCAGCGAUGUUUAGAGGCAUUAACAUAUAUUAUAACUUACAAUGAAGCUUCUGUUAAUUAUUUCUUGAUGGAACAUGAUAAUAACAUUGGCCUUAAAAGAACCAAUAGCCGAAAGGGUAAAGAGAAGCAAACAAAAGCGCUUAGCAAAUAUCCUGUGGUUAUAUUACUAAGUCUCCUUGAUCGCCAAAUAUUUAUUAAAAAUACUGCAUUAAUGGAUCAGUUAAUGCAUUUACUUUCCUUCAUUUUACGUCCUUUAUCCACAUUGACGAAGACAGAUUCUAACAAUGUUACCGGAGAUUCUGGUGAACAGUCAAAUAACAAUGUUGACAGUCCCGCGGUACAAAAUACCAAUAGCUCUGCUACACAAAAUACUAAUACCGAAAAUGAUUCUAGUCAACCUGUCGGAUCCGACAAUCAAGAUAAUACUAGUAACAAUAAUAAUUCUCAAACAUUGGAAACUAACAAUAGCUCACCGCAGAACCAUAAUAACAAUGUAAGCUCGGAGACCAAUAACAACACAACAUCAGGUGCUCCUGCAAGUGAAACUUCUCGAAAUCCAACUACAGCUUCUUCUUCGACACCUUCAGAAUCAGUGCAACCUAUUUUAAAACCCCCAGUUAUACCGGAUUAUUGCUUACGCCUGGUAGUUAAUGUUCUUACUGCGGGUGAAUGUACAAGUAACACAUUCAAAUAUACUCUUUCAGUUAUUCAACAUCUUUCAACUUUAAAUGGAGCUCGCGAUGUUAUUACGUCGGAAUUAGUCGAUCGUGCUCAGUCACUUGGAAACGAUAUACUUGAUGAUUUGGAUGAAUUGGCUCAAAUAUUACAAAAGGCAGACACUGGUGUUGAUGUACAAGGUGUUACCCUAGCCAAAUUUUCACCGUCGUCAUCGCAGCAAGCAAAAUUGUUACGUGUUCUCAAAACAAUUGAUUACAUGUAUUCUCGCAAACAACAAUCAACGACCACUUCAACGAACGCUCAAGUUUCGUUGGCCCCUACAGUAGAUCCAGACGAAGCUGAUGUUGUUGCACCAAGAACAUUACUAGACAGUGGUAGAGGUUCUAAACUAACCCAAGAUGAAGAAAAAGUUAUGAAGAUUUAUGAGAGUCUCAAUUUUACAGAACUUUGGAAAAAGCUCGGUAAAUGUCUAACCACCAUACAUGAAAAACCCGACAUGAUCCAUGUGGCAACUGUUCUUUUGCCACUUAUAGAGUCACUUAUGGUUGUAUGUAAAUAUGUGGGAAUGGCGCCUUCUACUUCUCAAAAGACAUCAUUACCCGAGCCACAAACAUCAUCAGAAAAUAUGGAAGAAUUAUUCUUCACGUUUACUGAAGAUCAUCGAAAGAUUCUUAAUACGAUGGUUCGAAACAAUCCAUCACUAAUGAGCGGAUCAUUCUCAUUACUUGUACAUAAUCCAAAGAUUCUUGAAUUUGAUAAUAAACGAAAUUAUUUCAACCAACAACUUCAUAAACGAGCAAACGCUCGUGAUCAUUAUGGUACUUUACAACUCAAUGUUCGAAGGCAAUAUGUAUUUGAAGAUUCCUUCCAAAACUUACAAAGAAGAACAGGGGACGAAAUUAAAUAUGGUAAACUUAGUGUUCGUUUCUACGAGGAAGAAGGUGUGGAUGCCGGUGGAGUAACGAGGGAAUGGUUCCAAGUUCUUGCUAGACAAAUGUUUAACGAAAAUUACGCAUUGUUCAAAACAUCAGCGGCAGAUAGAUUAACUUAUCAGCCAAACAGGGCGUCAGGUGCUAAUCCAGAACAUUUAUCAUUCUUUAAGUUUGUUGGUCGUGUCAUUGGUAAAGCAAUUUAUGAUGGCAGACUUUUAGAUGCUUACUUUACUCGUUCAUUUUAUAAACAUAUUCUUGGAAAACCUGUUGAUUAUCGUGAUGUCGAAGCCAUUGACUUAGAAUAUUAUAAUAGUCUUGUCUGGAUGUUGAAUAAUGAUAUAACAAACGUUAUUGACUUAACAUUCAGCGUUGUAACUGAUGAUUUUGGUCAAGAAAAAACUAUUGAUCUUAAACCUAAUGGUAGGAAUAUUCCAGUGACGGACGAAAAUAAACGAGAAUAUGUUAUGCUUGUUACAGAACAAAGACUUACAUUGGCGAUAAAAGAUCAAAUAGAGCACUUCCUUGCUGGCUUCCAUGAAAUUAUUCCUGCGCAUUUGAUUAGUAUAUUUAAUGAGCAAGAACUAGAACUUCUUAUAUCUGGAAUGCCUGACAUUGAUAUUGAUGAUUGGAAAAACAACACAGAAUAUCAGAACUACACAUCAUCAUCACCUCAAAUACAAUGGUUCUGGAGAGCUGUACGGAGUUUUGAUCAAGAAGAGAGGGCAAAACUAUUACAAUUCGUCACAGGUACAUCUAAAGUACCAUUGGAAGGCUUCUCGGCUUUGCAAGGUGUUCAUGGAGUGCAAAAGUUUCAGAUUCAUAAAGAUUUUUCAAGUCCAGACCGCCUUCCUUCUGCUCAUACAUGUUUUAAUCAAUUAGAUAUUCCUGAAUACGAAGAUUACGAGCAAUUAAGAUCACAAUUAUUAUUGGCAAUUUCGGAGGGAACGACAGGAUUCGGAUUCCAGUAA